CAACGUGAACGUAUUGACCGGUGCUGUAUCUGGAGCCGUUAACCAGCAGGAAUCAUGACCGCUGCAGAGAACGUGUGCUACACGCUGAUCAAUGUGCCGAUGGACUCGGAGCCUCCGUCGGAGGUCUCGCUGAAGACCGAUCUAGAAAAGGGAGACGUCAAGUCCAAGACGGAGGCUCUGAAGAAAGUCAUCAUCAUGAUCCUGAACGGAGAGAAGCUCCCUGGCCUUCUCAUGACCAUCAUUCGGUUUGUGCUGCCGCUGCAGGAUCACACGAUAAAGAAGCUGCUCCUGGUCUUCUGGGAGAUCGUCCCCAAAACGACUCCGGACGGCAAACUGUUACAGGAGAUGAUCCUCGUCUGUGACGCCUAUAGGAAGGAUCUCCAACAUCCCAACGAAUUCAUCCGCGGCUCCACUCUGCGUUUCUUGUGCAAACUGAAGGAGGCAGAGCUGCUGGAGCCUUUGAUGCCGGCGAUCCGCGCAUGCUUGGAGCACCGACACAGCUACGUACGCAGGAACGCGGUGCUCGCCAUCUACACCAUUUACAGGAAUUUUGAACACCUCAUUCCCGACGCCCCUGAACUCAUCCAUGAUUUUCUUGUGAACGAGAAAGAUGCAAGCUGCAAGAGGAAUGCUUUCAUGAUGCUUAUCCAUGCUGACCAGGACCGCGCUCUUGAUUACUUAAGUACCUGCAUAGACCAAGUGCAGACGUUCGGAGACAUCCUCCAGCUGGUUAUCGUUGAGCUGAUCUAUAAGGUCUGCCACGCCAACCCGUCCGAGAGAGCUCGCUUUAUCAGAUGCAUCUUCAACCUGCUCCAGUCAUCCAGCCCUGCCGUGAAGUACGAAGCAGCGGGGACCCUCGUCACGUUAUCCAGUGCGCCCACCGCCAUCAAGGCAGCCGCUCAGUGUUACAUCGACCUGAUCAUCAAGGAAAGUGACAACAACGUCAAGCUCAUUGUGCUGGAUCGUCUGAUCGAACUGAAGGACCACCCUUCUCACGAACGCGUGUUACAGGAUCUGGUGAUGGACAUCCUAAGAGUCCUGAGCACCCCUGAUCUGGAGGUGCGCAAGAAGACCCUGCAGCUGGCUCUGGACCUGGUUUCUUCCAGGAACGUGGAGGAGCUGGUCAUAGUGCUGAAGAAAGAAGUCAUCAAAACCAACAAUGUCUCCGAACAUGAAGACACCGAUAAAUACCGCCAGCUCCUGGUGCGCACCCUACACUCCUGCAGCGUCCGCUUCCCAGACAUGGCAGCAAACGUCAUUCCGGUGCUGAUGGAGUUCCUUAGCGACAGCAAUGAGGCGGCAGCCGCGGACGUGUUGGAGUUCGUGCGCGAAGCGGUUCAGCGGUUCGACAACCUCCGUCCUCUCAUCGUGGAGAAGACGCUGGAAGUUUUCCACGCCAUCAAAUCUGUCAAGAUUUAUCGAGGGGCUCUCUGGAUUUUGGGAGAAUACUGCAGCACCAAAGACGACAUUCAGAGCGUGAUGACUGAAGUGCGCCGGUCUCUCGGAGAGGUCCCGAUCGUUGAUAAUGAACUUAAGAAGGAAUCUGGAGAAAUGAAGCCUGAAGAUGAAGUAACCGUCGGCCCGGCUCAGAAGCUGGUGACAGAAAUGGGCACCUACGCCACGCAGAGCGCCCUCAGCAGCUCGCGGCCGACCAAGAAAGAGGAGGACAGGUGCGCCGUUAUGAUUUCUUCUCAUCUUUCUCCUCCGCGGCCCAGGUUUUUUUUUACCGUUUUCAAAAAUGUUUAUUUUCCUUACAGGCCUCCUCUACGAGGUUUCUUGCUCGACGGGGACUUCUUUGUUGCCGCUUCUCUCGCCACCACGCUGACUAAGAUCGCUCUGCGCUACGUAGCUUUGGUCCAGGAGAAAAAGAGGCAAAACUCUUUUGUGGCAGAAGCCAUGUUGCUCAUGGCCAGCAUUCUUCACCUGGGAAAGUCGUCCCUUCCCAAGAAGCCCAUCACGGACGACGACGUGGACCGGAUCUCGCUCUGUCUCAAGGUCUUGUCCGAAUGUUCUCCUCUCAUGAACGAGAUCUUCAACAAGGAGUGCCGUCAGUCUCUCUCGCACAUGCUGUCCGCCAAACUCGAGGAGGAGAAGCUUUCUCAGAAGAAAGAGUCCGAGAAGCGAAACGUGACGGUCCAGGCCGAUGACCCCAUAUCCUUCAUGCAGCUGACCGCCAAGAGCGAGAUGGCGUCCAAAGAGGACCAAUUUCAGCUGAGCCUCCUAGCAGCCAUGGGGACAACCCAGAGGAAGGAGGCGGCCGACCCGCUGGCUUCCAAACUCAACAAAGUCACGCAGCUCACCGGUUUCUCGGACCCCGUCUACGCCGAGGCAUACGUCCACGUCAAUCAGUACGACAUUGUUUUGGAUGUUUUAGUUGUCAAUCAGACCAGCGACACUCUGCAGAACUGUACCCUGGAGCUGGCCACGCUGGGUGAUUUGAAGCUGGUGGAGAAACCAUCUCCUCUGACGCUCGCUCCACACGACUUCGCCAACAUUAAAGCCAACGUCAAAGUGGCUUCUACAGAGAACGGAAUCAUUUUUGGGAAUAUCGUUUACGACGUGUCCGGUGCGGCAAGCGACAGAAACUGCGUCGUUCUCAGCGAUAUCCACAUCGACAUCAUGGAUUACAUCCAGCCGGCGUCCUGCACCGACACAGAGUUCCGACAGAUGUGGGCAGAGUUCGAGUGGGAGAAUAAGGUGACGGUUAACACGAAUAUCAUCGACCUGAACGAAUACCUGCAGCACAUUCUGAAGUCGACGAACAUGAAAUGCCUCACUCCCGAGAAGGCCUUGUCCGGUUACUGCGGCUUCAUGGCCGCCAACCUCUACGCCCGUUCCAUAUUCGGGGAGGACGCCCUCGCCAACGUCAGCAUCGAAAAGCCAAUUCACCUCGGGCCUGAUGCCCCGGUCACCGGACACAUACGGAUCAGAGCCAAGAGUCAGGGAAUGGCUCUGAGUCUCGGGGAUAAAAUCAACCUGUCCCAGAAGAAAUCCAGCAUAUAACGUCUGUUUCCGCACGUCGUCUUUCCUCCCCGCUCUGUGUGUUUAGUAGCUCUUAACAUUUCAAGCAGAAUGUAUGGGAGCAAAUAAUUUAUACCGAGUCCAGAUGACAUCAUAGUUCAGUAACGACACAAGCUUUAUACAUAUGUGUUUGUUUUUUUUUGCUUUGUUUCUUAAUUCUGUCUCUUAACAAAUUCUGAGCCCGUCUGACAUACAGUAAGGAAUUUCAUGUAUGUUCUCUUAUCCAUUGUGACAUUUGACAAUAAAAACAGUCCUUUUGAUUA